AUGACUGAAACUAACUCAAUACGUUAUUGGUCUGCAUUAAUUAUAUCAUCUGUUGUUUCUAUUAUUGUUGCUUUAGCUAUUAUUGGACUAUCUUGGUAUUUAUUGUGGAAAUUUGUUUUGAUUCGUUUCGGUGUGAUUCGUGCUUUAUUUCAACUAAAUAAUAACGAUCAACCACAAUCAUCAACAUCAACAUCGAGACAACAACAACAACAACAAGUACCACGUCGUCAACAUAUUCGUCCUUUAACUUCAUAUCAUUAUGUUCGUUCUAUCCAUAUUCAACGUGAAUCAUUAUGUACAUCAAAUGAAGCAUGGUAUCGUUCGUUACCAAUGCGUGAAACAUCUCGAUUUUGGUCAAGUCUUUUUUCUGUGAAUAUUUAUCCUCGCUCACUACGAAGUCCAUUCUAUAAAUAUUUUUGUCGAAUGUUUGAUGGUGAUAUUAAUGAAUGUGAACAUGGUCCUGAUAAUCUUGGUUAUUAUGCAAAUUUUGGUGAAUUUUUUCGAAGAAAUCUAAAAGAAGGUGUUCGUCCAAUUGAUAAAGAAAGUGCAAUUGUAUCACCAUGUGAUGGUGAAGUACUUGCCAAUGGUUUGGUAACAUCUGUUGAACAACUGAAUAUAGUUGUGAAAGGUAUUCCAUAUACAAUAAAAGAUUUGUUUCAAUUUGAUCAAAGUGAAAUAGAACGUUUACAAAGCAAACAAAGUGAAUCAUCACUUUUUUAUGCUUGUAUUUAUUUGAAUCCAGGAAAUUAUCAUCAUUUUCAUAGUCCAGCAAAAUGGAAAAUAAGUGAACGUCGACAUAUAACAGUUCUGUUACGAUUUGCUUUUGCUCAAUGCGCCGGUAUCGGUCUUGGCAUUGCUCGUGUAUUUGCAAAAGCUAAAUAUAAUGUUAUUUUCAAUGGAUUAGAAAAGAAUGGUAGUGACAUUGCAGCUGAUACAGCAAAAGAGUUCAACGUUGGUCACCUUUAUUCACCAGCAAAUGCAUUACAUUCCGAUCAAUUACGAGCAAUGAUAGAUGAAGGUAUAGCACGAUUCAAACAUAUCGAUGUUCUUAUAAAUAAUUGUGGCAUUCAACAUGUUUCACCAAUUGAAAAUUUUCCGGAUAAUAAAUGGGAUGAUGUUCUUCGUAUCAACUUGACAUCAGCAUUUAUUUUAACAAAAGCUUUGAUGAAACCAAUGAAAGAAAAAAAAUUCGGUCGGAUAAUCAACGUUGCAUCCGCACAUGGAUUAUUUGCUAGUGAAUAUAAAUCGGCUUAUGUUGCUGCUAAACAUGGUUUAUUGGGAUUAACAAAAGUAACAGCUCUAGAAGGAGCCCCAUUUAAUAUUAACUGUAACGCAAUUUGUCCUGGUUAUGUUCGAACACCACUUGUCGAUGCACAAAUACGUGAUCAGGCAAAGUCACACGAUAUUUCUGAAGCGGAAGUAAUCCCACGUGUAUUUCUUCAGAAACACUCCGUAAAAAAGUUUGUUCCGGUGGAACUUAUUGGAAAUCUUGCUGUUUUACUUGCUGAUGAAAAUAGUGCUACAUUAACUGGUACAGCAAUUCCUGUUGAUGGUGGUUGGUCUGCACAAUAA